AUGGAUAACUCUUCUCAACAUGUGAUGCUGACUCUAAUGGAGCCCAAAGACUCAAAAUCAUUUAGGCACAUAUAUUUUACUUGCUUUCUUUUCCUUUUUUUGCUCAUACUGUUUAUUAAUAUUCAACUUAUUUCUGUCAUUAUCAGGGUAAAAUCUCUUCAUGAGCCAAUGUACAUAUUCUUGUGUAAUAUGUGUGUAAAUGUAAUAUAUGGAGCCUCAGGAUUCUACCCUAUAUUUUUGUAUAAUUUGAUUUUGGAUUCAUAUGUCAUCUCUAUUUACAUGUGUGCUCUGCAAAGCUAUGUCAUAUACAGCUCUUUAAUGUCUGAGGUUACAAUAUUAACAGUCAUGUCAUAUGAUAGAUAUGUAGCCAUAUGCAGACCUUUAGACUAUCAUUCAAAAUUAACUAAAAGUACCUGUGUGAAAUUAAUUCUGUUUUCCUGGAUUCUACCAAACUGCUACACAGUUACAGCAAGCAUUUUAUCCAAGAAAGGGACAUUAUGUAAAUAUCACAUUGACAAAUUAUAUUGUGACAACUGGUCAAUUGUAAAAAUGCAGUGUUCAUCGACUUUAGUUAAUAAUCUUUUUGGAUAUUUUAUUAUUCUCACGUUUACUUGUUUUGUAGUUUUUAUCAUAGUGUCAUACGUUAAACUCAUCGCUGCUUGUAAAGUAUCUUUAGAAAACAGGAAAAAAUUCUGGCAAACAUGUUUGCCACACUUACUAUCACUUAUGAAUUUUGGUUUUGUUGUGCUUUUUGAUUUCAUGUAUAGCAGAUACGGUGCUAAUGAUAUUCCAGAGAGUUUGCGUCAUUUUCUUGCUUUAGAACUGGUUAUAGUUCCUCCUGUUGUUAAUCCUCUAAUCUAUGGGUUAAAUAUAAAGGCAGUGCGUGAAAGAGUUUUCCCGUCAUAUGUGCAAGUCCUGGAGGUUAGGCAGGGAUACAAUAAUCUUAGCUGA